AUGGGUCGUGGUGUCAGCAGUGGAGGUGGCCAGAGCUCGUUGGGCUACCUGUUUGGCUCUGGAGAGCCUCCUAAAUCUUCUCCUGCCACGGACAAUGAAGCCCGUGCUCAGAAGCCCGCUGCUCCUCCACCAGUGGAUAAGCAGAUUCCAGCAGGCAUCCAGGGAAACAAUGUGAACAAUUACUUCCGAGCAGAGGGCCAGAACACUGGGAACUUUAUUACGGUUUGAAAUCCUCCAAAUCGAACUUGCACAGUCAUUUAAACAGUUUCUGUGGCACGGUAUGAUAGGAAUGCACUUCGCUUGCGGUUGCAAAACAGUUAGAAUCGGAGCAUUAUUACUAUAUUUAGUUCAAUUCAUGAGCUCAAUCAUUUGUCAGAAUGUUGACAUGACCAUCUCCAAGAUGUGCUGGAAAUCAUGCGGGUGCCGAACCAAUUAGAGAAUAUUAGAUCCAACCCACAGGGAUUUCUCGUUAAUUGCAGAUUAAUAAUUGACCAACCAUGUAUCCAAGAGAGCUUUCUUUUCAGUUGACCGUAGCCUGUGUUCUUCAUUGCACCUCCCAUAUUUUUCAUGCAAGAUUCCUGUGCAGGAUCGGCCCUCAACCAAGGUGCAUGCUGCUCCUGGCGGUGGAUCUUCCCUGGGUUACCUCUUUGGCGGUGGAGGCAAUUGA